AGUUGUUGUUUUGUAACAACUGCCGAGGCGUCACUUUAAAACACAUUCUAACCUUUUUCUUUGACUAUAUGGUUCCUUGUGUUGUGAAACAUGGCACACGUCGAGCUUGUACGCGUAGGAAAGAACUUAUUAAAAAGCGCUGACACAGGAGAGAAUGUAGAGCUCCAGUCUCUGUGGCAGGACCAGCCUGUGGUGGUGUUCUUCCUGCGCAGGUUCGGCUGCCAGGUGUGUCGCUGGAUGGCGGCCGAGGUCAGCAAACUGGAGCCAGACCUGAGAGCCAAUGGUGUGGCUCUGGUGGCUGUCGGGCCCGAGGAGUUUGGCCUCCAGGAGUUCAAGAAUUUGGGUUUUUUUAAAGGACCAAUUUAUGUUGAUGAGCAGAAGACAUGCUAUAAGGAGUUGGGCUUCAAAAGGUACACAGCAUUGAGCGUGGUUCCUGCUGCACUGGGGAAGAAAGUACGAGACGCAUCUGCAAAGGCUAGUGCUGGAGGCAUCCAGGGAAACUUCUCAGGUGAUCUACUCCAGAGUGGAGGAAUGAUCAUCGUAGCCAAAGGUGGUGAAAAGAUCCUGUUGCACUUCAUUCAAGACUCCCCAGGAGACUGUGUACCUUUGGAGGACAUUUCUAGAGCUUUGGCAAUUUCAUGCCAAGUCAAAGAGGGUCAGAGGCCUGUGUGCAAUGACGAUGUUUGCACUCGGUGAGGACGUCGCCUGUCAAGCUUGGUUGUAAUGUACACAAAUGAUUCUAAUAUUUCCUUGAUCACGGUGUGUAUGUGGAUCGUUUUAAAUGAACAUUCCGUUGUCUUUUCCACUAUUGUGUAUUGAGAGUGACUCACAGAUUGUAUGGAAUUACUUAUAUAAAAAUCCUUCAAAUCAAAGCCUUAUGGUGUUUGUUCAUUCCUCUGCCAUGAAGGGUAUGGACUUGUUGAAGUAUUGUUAGUUAGUAACAAUACUCAAGAAGUUAUAGGCAGAUUUGAAUGAAACUUUCAGUAAAUGUCAAAUGGUAUAAGGAAUAUGUGAUUAGAUUUCGGGGCUGAUCGAUCCAGAUAAUUUUUACCACGUUACCUUACGUUUACAUUAUGAGGCUGAACUUCUCUCUAUGUAUGUGCUAGAGUCCCCGCCUCCACCCACAGAGACAAAGAGAGUAGAAGACUGACGAAGGGGUUCAGGGAUUUUAC